AUGCCGACCUCGAAACCAUGGACACGCACUCCGCCAGAAAUCUGGCAGGAAAUUCUCAAAUUAUCCAUAUCUCUCCCUCUUUUCCUCUCUGUCGAUCCCGCAAGCUAUGGUUUUAAUCAACUAUACAAAUACGGGGAUCUCUCUGCGUACUGGGAGUCUGAACGCUCGAGAAAUAGACUCAGACGAGUACAGAGCUCAUGGGAUGUCUACCUACGGCGCUUUAGUCAUCGAUUCGUAGACCUCGUUGAUGUUGAGCACGGCCUCGUCCCGCCUAGUGCUAUUCGUUGUGCGAUUCGCAUCCAGUUAACGCGCUGUUUCUGCAGCAAGCGGGUCGUGGAUCUUAGUGAGAUGCGAGAAUCUCUCGACAAAAUCCGGGAGGAUGGAACGCCCGAGCCAUGGAAGCUGGAGAUGCUGUUGGCGACGUGGCCUGAUUGGGGAGACAGACUGAAGAAACACUGGCGUCUCUUCACACAUUCACAUCGCCUCGCAAACUUAGUGGUCCUCUUCAAUGUCACCGAGGACCUAUGGACCACCGUCGACGAGCUUCGUUGUCGGUUGACCUUUUGCACACGGCAAUGCGAGCUCCGAGGCGCACUUCCGCGCGAUCUGUCAUACCUGACGACUUUAAGUCUGUAUAAACAUGACAGAAGUGAAUUACCGCUGAGCAUGCCCUGCCUAAGGCACCUCAAGAUAUGGAUGGAAGCCAAACUUGACCUCGUUGGGAAUUUCGUCGAAUGGCUGAGGAAGAUAGGGCCACAGCUCGAGUCGCUGAUUUGGGAUGACGAUGACGACGACGAUGACAGAAUCCUUGACCUGGACAUAUGGCAACUUUGUCCCAAUUUGACGACACUUCGCAGUCCCGUCUACUGCAGCAUACCAUUUCCACCAAAAAAUGGACAUCCUAUUGAACAUUUCAUUCUUACAUACCAGUAUUUCAAGUUUGGUGAUCAAGAGUGUCCUACAUGCAAGGAACGCCAUGGGUACGGUUACAUUGAAGCACCUCCAAUAAGCAGCUUCGCAAGUGCUGGAAUCAAAACUCUUCAGCUCGAGCUACUGUGGGUAACCUUUCCCCAGGCCAGGAUGAGUGCUCGAACGAGUUACACGUUGAAUGAAAAACUCUGCUUGCAUGCUCAAACGCGUAUACAUGGUAUCACUUUGGUGGAUCAAGAUCGUAGCACAUUCGAAGAUGUGGUCAUUAGGCUUCUUGAGGUACGGUCAGGGAUUCGAAAACGGUUUGAUAUAGGACCAAAAGACAUGUUGUUCUUCUGA